UUGACAUGCGCAGUUAACAGUGGAGUGGAGUGUGGGUACAAGUAGAGUGUAAGUGUACUCUUACAUAAACAACAACAACCCAAACAUGAUGGCUGUCCCUUGUUCUUCUCUCUCUCGACUUUUGCCCAUUUCGAAAGCCUUGGUCCCAGUUCUACAAUCCCAGUCAGUGAGAUGUGCGCAGACUGCAGCUGCAGUCGCAGCGGAACCAAGCAAGCAUGUAAAAACUUUUACUAUUUACAGAUGGGAUCCAGACAAGCAGGGAGAUAAACCACGGAUGCAAAGCUAUGAAAUUGACUUAAACAGAUGUGGGCCCAUGGUCCUUGAUGCCUUGAUCAAGAUAAAGAAUGAGGAUGACCCCACUUUAACAUUUCGGCGGUCUUGUCGUGAAGGCAUCUGUGGCUCUUGUGCCAUGAAUAUCGGUGGUGUGAACACCUUGGCAUGUAUCUGUAAAAUUGAUGGUAAUUUAUCGAAGCCCACCAAGAUUUACCCUCUACCUCACAUGUAUGUGAUUAAGGACCUUGUGCCUGAUAUGAACAACUUUUAUGCCCAGUAUGCUUCUAUUGAACCAUACUUGAAGAAGAAAGAUAUUAAGGAAGAAGAUAUUGGCAAGGAACAGUACCUUCAGUCUGUGCGGGAUAGAGCAAAAUUGGAUGGUCUUUAUGAAUGUAUAUUGUGUGCCUGCUGCAGUACCUCCUGCCCCAGUUACUGGUGGAACUCUGACAAAUAUCUUGGUCCUGCAGUCCUUAUGCAAGCUUAUCGUUGGAUGAUUGAUUCUCGAGAUGAUUUUACUGUUGAAAGGCUAUCCAAAAUGGAAGACAAGUUCUCCGUCUACAGGUGUCACACUAUCAUGAAUUGUACCAAAACCUGUCCAAAACAUUUGAAUCCUGGGUUGGCUAUUGGAGAAAUUAAAAAGAUGUUGGCUCUCUAUAAAAAGAAUGCUGAAACUAGUGCAGCUCAUGCAUAAUGGUAAUUAGCUGGUAGUAUUUAAUUAUAAUCAGAUGAACUUCUCCACAGUAUAUAUAAAGUAUAUUAUUACAUCUACAUUUCCUUUUUUUUUUAUGUUAGAAUAAAAAUGUUGCCUCUGGAAACUA